AGUACAGUCGUUGUGGUGUCGAAGUAGUGGUCAAAUGACAAAAAUUUGUACGAAACUCUGGGUAAAUUUGACCUUUUGUUUGAAAUAUUUGAUCUUGUGAAUCGAUGGUAUUCUACUUUAGGAUCAAUUGUGAAGUUUGAGUAGGUGAAAUGGUAUAAAGUAUCGUUUUCACCUGCCUACUUUGUGAUAUUGGUUGGUGGAUUUGCAGACAAGUGAUGUAAACUAGACCGAGAGAGCUGGAAUCUUGUCAAUGUGAACUUUGACGGACAUCCCAACCUCAACAUUUUUAUCCUUUUGGAUUAUUAUGGAUAGUGAGGAUAAAUACCAACAACCAUAAUGGCGAAAGAAAGUACUCAGUGCUUAGCAAACGCCAAGUACACUCAGUGGAUAUUGGAGGCCAUCCGCAAAAUACGGAAACAGAAACAGCGUCCAAACCAGGAACGUAUCUGUAAUAAUCUGGUCUCAGGCCAUGGACUAAGUCGUGAGAAGACUUACGAACAACUUGAAUUGUCAGUCAAAGACGGCAAUGUUUUGAAAGUGCUCAACAAGGGUAUUGCGUCGUACCGGGAUCCAGAAGGGACCCGGAGUAUGCGUGGUGCAAGCACACGAACUGUUAAUAAAAGUACAGACCUUGUCAAAGUCAUAAAAGCAGCAAUAAAGGAACUUGGCGAAGGCGGUUCCACUUUUAAAGAGAUUGAAAAAUACAUCUUACAGUCAAGGCGUAUUGAAGUUGGAAGUCAUUCUGAACUUAGUACUAAACUUAGAAUUGCUAUUAAAAGGGCUGUAGCCUCAGGCAGGCUUGUGAAAUUUGGCAGAAACUUUCGUCUACCGGAUGAUGGGGAAACAAGCAGUUAUGCCACUUCAUCAACUUCCUCUAGUCCUCCAUUUGAAAAGGAUGACAACCAGGUUGUUGCUACGCCUGAAGCAUUUUGUAGGAUUUGUGAGAAGGGUCCUGAAGAAAAUGUAUCUGGUGUACCUGAAGCCCAUAUCUCAUGCACAGAUUGUGGCUUUAGUGGACACCCUUCAUGUCUCAAGUUUUCUGAAGAGGUUAGCAAGGCAAUCCGUCUGACCAGAUGGCAGUGCAGCAAUUGUAAAGUAUGUGCAAUUUGUAAACAGAGAGGGAAUACGGAUCUCAUAUCAUGUAACUUCUGUGACAGAGGCUAUCACACAAACUGUGUCAAGCUCAAGAAAGUACCAAAAGGAAAUUGGAAGUGUGGUCAGUGUAAACAGUGUAAUUGGAAUCGAACAGAUGCAACGCCAUCGUCAACAACCGUAGCUCAACGUAGGAAUAUCAAACUAAAACAAGCUCAUAAAAUUAAAAAGCAAGCUCAUAAGAUCAAAUUAAUUGCUUUGCAAAAGCAAGUUACAAGAACCUGCCCAUAUCCAGGCUGUGAUGGUUCUGGUCAUAUUAAUAUUAAAUUCAAGAAACACUCCAGGUUAUUCAAUUGUCCCCGGUGUCCCCCAGAAGAGAGACCACUUAGAAAACAUAAAACUUCAAAAACUGUAUCCAAUGGUACACCAAGUGUCCAAAAUAGAAAGUCAUUACAUCACUCAGACUCAGAAAAUGAGGGUAGUGUAUUUACAGACAAUAUAUUUGACAGAUCAGCACAACCAAAAGGACUGAUCGAUGGAUUAUCACAAUUUUUUACGCCAUCAAACCAAAGAAAAUCGCGUAGCUCAUCUUUGUCGAUGCUCGGAUUCAUCCCAAUUAAGAGUACGACUAAACCAAAAAAGACUUUGCUCCGACAAACUAGCGAAGAUCUCCCGUCAACAACCACCAAAAUUAAAUCCAAAAUUCCCAUUCAACCGGUUCGCCUUCAACCAUCGACGAAUGGCAAUGACGAUACUCGUUCACAUUCCAAUUCAUCCUCCCCUCACUCGGAAAUCCGCAACCUUGGAUCAUCCCAGUUAAAAGGACUCUUUGAUGGACUAUCUCAUCUAUAUGCAACGUCUGAACCCAGGAAGCGUAGACUCUACGGGUUACCACCAGUUUAUGCGCCGCCCAAAAGACUCAAGAAAGAUGGUAGUAUUCUCAUUUUUGACGAAAUUGCCGAUGCAGUGGUUGAUGGCAGUUGCCAUAGUGACAAAAAUGAAACUGAUGAGCAGAAAAAGAGUUGUUUGAUGCAGAUGCCUUUGACGCCAUUAGGCAUCAGGACGUUAAAAAAGAAAAGAAAAAUAAAACCAGUUGAACCGGAAUCAACGUUAGAAAGCAACUCGAAAGAAGACACGGACUCAAAAAGCAUUGAACAAGAAGAUGCUGUUGAUUCAGAAGAAGGGUCGUCGUCAACGCAUGCACCGCAUCCUUCAGGAGUUGCCAAGAAAGACAUGGAACUGUUCCAGAUGGCCCAGGAUAAAGCAUUAUCAGAAAUUAUGCCUGCCCUUAAUAAACCUCCAGAUACUUCUGGAGGGAGUGAAGGGCAGAUGGUGGAGCAGCAAAGUCGUUCACCUCAGUACAUUGAGUUUGGUAAAUAUGAGAUUAACACUUGGUAUACAUCACCCUAUCCUCAAGAGUAUGCUAGGUUACCUAAACUAUACCUGUGCGAAUUUUGCCUUAAGUACAUGAAGAGUCGCAACAUCCUGCAAAGACAUCGGGAGAAAUGUUUAUGGCGACAUCCCCCAGCGAAUGAAAUCUACAGAAAAGAGGAUUUGUCGGUGUUUGAAGUGGAUGGGAAUAUCAGCAAAAUCUACUGUCAAAACUUGUGCCUACUGGCUAAGCUCUUUCUUGAUCAUAAGACACUUUAUUACGAUGUGGAACCAUUCCUAUUUUAUGUACUAACUACCAAUGAUAGCAAAGGAUGCCAUAUCAUUGGCUACUUUUCAAAGGAGAAACAUUGUCAGCAGAGGUACAAUGUGUCUUGUAUCAUGACGUUGCCACCCUACCAGAGGUGUGGCUACGGCAGAUUUCUCAUUGAUUUUAGCUAUUUAUUAUCACGGCGUGAAGGGCAGCCAGGCUCUCCUGAGAAGCCACUGUCGGACCUCGGAAAAGUCAGUUACAAUUCGUACUGGAGGAGCAUCAUCCUGGAGUAUAUGCACCGUAACCAGCAUUCGGCUCAAAUCACAAUUAAAGAUAUUAGCAGAGCCACAGGCAUGUGUCCACAUGAUAUUUCAUCUACCCUUCAAAAUCUCGGAAUGCUUGCUAACAGAGACGGUAAACUUGUUAUAAAACUUCGAAAGAAGUUGAUAAGCGAACAUAUGGAGAAAGUGAACAAGUGUCGAGCCCCCAGGAUGGUACUGGAUCCUGUCAGCUUACGGUGGUCACCUCUCAUAGUCUACCAUCCUUCAAUCCUAGAUGAAGAGAAACAUGCUAGGAAUGAGGUAUCCAGAAUGGGUGAGAUUGUCAGAGACAUAGAAUUAGAGAGGAAAGCUACGACAUCAAUGGCAGCUCUCAAGGAAACUCCAGCACUGCCAAAGAAGUUGUACAGCCAGCAUAAGGAUCUGUUUACCUCAAGGGGGGAUUGUGUUUCCUCAUCCCGUUUGAAAGGAGGGGACAGGAGCCCCCCUGUCCUCACCAGGGAGGUUUAUGGAAGAUGGAAGACAGGAAGGAGGAAGAAAAGGAGAAAAAUCCCGAUCUUGGUCUCCCAAAAGAAAGACAAAAGACUUCAUGAUGAGAAAACCGAAACACAAGUUGUCAAAGAUGUCAGGGAGGAAGAACUCAUAAUUACUCAAUCAAAGUCUGAAAAAGAAAUAGCAGAAGAUGAGUUAGUACAUACAUCAUUCCCUCACAAGAAGACUGUGAAAAGACCUCGUAAAAACAGAGUCUUAGAUAGGCUUCUGAAUAUAAAUCGUAUGGAAGAGUCCUCUGAUGAAGACGAAAGAAAUAACACUGUGUCUUGCAUUAAACCAAUCCCGCCAAAAAGUCUCCUCCCACCAAGCAAAUCUCUGCGGCCAAAAAACGUAGUGCCCAUGCCCCCUAUUAAGGAGAAACGUGGAUGGCCUAAGGGGGUCAAAAGGGGAAAGAUUGAACGGCCAUCUAUACCUGGAAGGAGAAGACGGAGGCGUAAAACUGCCUGGUACUUGAAAAAACCGAACAAACCAGUAGUCAAAUCACGCAUUACUAAGUCACAAAAACUGUCACCAGAAGAAGAUAAAACCAAUGAAAAAGAAUCUAGUGAUUUAGAGAGGAGGAGCGGUGAGCAGUCAGAAGGUGAAGAUGCAGAUUGCGAAGAUGAAGGCAGAAUGGAAGAAGAAAAUGUGUGUGUAAAUGGUAACUGUACUCCUCCACCAAUAGUUGAAACUGUGGAUAAAGCAGAAUCGGACGAUGAGAAAGCUACUCUUCACAAAGAAGAUAAAUUGGAAAAGUCUCCCGACAGAUUGGUUGAGGAAGAUUGUUUACAAUCAGAGUGCAUUGAUUCAAAGAGUAACCCUCAAGUAGAUCAAGUGGAGGAUAUGGAUAUUCAAAUAGAUAACCAUGAAGACAAAGUGGAGAGUGAGAAAGAAACUGCAGAUCCAGAUACAACUGAAACUUGUAAGGUGCUGAAUGAUGCUGAGAUUAAUAGCAAUAGUGAUGCAGAACAUAUUAGUAACAGUGACGAUUCAGUAAUUGAGGAUAACGAUUGUGAGGGUUCAAAACUUAAUGAACAGAGACCAAAGGACCUUGAUGUAAAUAGAACCCCAGAAAUCAAUGAUGAUGAAAUUGUAGACAAGGCAAUUGAGGUGGAAAAACCUGAACCAUCACCUAAGCAAUCAGAAACACCAAUACCAGAAGACAUAUCAACACCAGUAGAAAAAGACAUGGUAAAAGAACCGGAACACCAGGAGGAACCUACAGCCAAUGUCGAUGACUGCUCUGGAAGUGAGAGUGAGGCCACACACACUGAAAGUAGCAGUGACGAUAGUGGCAGCAUCCACAAUGCUAAUAAAGAAGAUCUUGAUUCAGAAUUGGUCUUGAACAAGUCAGAGGAAGUUAUAUGUGCUGAACAUGAAAAUGAUGGUGAAAAGAGUUAUGGAAUUCAAAAAGAUAAAGCCAAUGAAACAUUGGAAUCUGAAGAGACAGAGGAGAAGUUUGAUGAUUACACAAUCAGUCAUUCUCCUGAAAAAUCACCAGGAAUUGGUUCAGUUUUGUCACCUAAGGAUUUCAAAAAGCAAGAGAAUACAGUUGGCGAUGAUGAUGAUAACUUUGAAGCAGAUAGGCAUAGUCUGGAUGGCAGUUUGAUGCAAGCAUCCUUUCAAAACACAAUGAUUGAUGCUGCAGCAGCUGCUGAAACUGCAGUUGCCGUGGAGUCCAUCAUGGAAGAAGAUGAUGAAGAGGAUGAAGAAGAGGACGAAGUUGAUGAAGCAACUCAAUGUUUUGAUAAAGUUGUGAAUAAUAACUAUGGACAGCCUAAUAUAGAAAAUGCUAUUUUACCAAAUGUUAAUGAGAUCUCUGCCUGCCAGGACAAUCUUGGUUUAGAAGGAUUUAGUAAUGAGCCUUCAGAUAUGUACAAUAGCACCAACAAUGCCCCACUUCAAGAUCAAACACAGAUCACAUCAACUCAUAACCAGAAUAUGGGGAUGAUGGGGCAGAUGCAGAAUGACCACUCGUUGCAGAUGCAACAGUACUCUUGUCAUAAUCCAAUGCGCCGUAGCAGUUGUAUGGCCAUUGCAAAUCCUCCAAACCUUGACACUUACAGUAACAUGAAUCCACCAGAUAACAUGAAUACACCUGUUCCAGGAUCGGCAAUGGGAAGUUGUCUUGGAAAUAAUCAAUCUACGUGCAAUCCAGGGUUAAAUCAAUCAGUUUGUAGCCCAACAAUGAACCAGUGUAGUCCCAACAUGACCCAGCAGGUGUGUAGUCCUGUAAUGGGUAAUAUACACAGUCCGCAAAUGGUAGCCAUGGCCAAUAUGCAUAGUCCAAACAUUCCACCUCAAAGUCCAGUAGCAGCAAAACUACGAAGUCCAAAUAUGAACACUGCACAGACGUUUAAUUCAACAAUGGGUAGUGCUCAAGUUUGUAGUCCAGGCUUAGGCAGUACCCAGGCUUGUAGUCCAGAAUCAACUGCACAAUCCUGUAGUCCAGUGAUGAACCAAGCUACAGGAUGUAGUCCUACAAUAGCAGUCUCCCAGAGAUGUAGUCCAAGUAUUGCUGGUGCUCAGGCAUGUAGUCCAGCUGUGAAUCCAGCCCAGGGAUACAGUCCUGCCCCUAUUAAUCCAAUCCAAGGGUGCAGUCCAGCUAUGAAUUCAGCAGUGUGUAGCCCUGGUAUGGGUAAUGGCCCUGUGCCAAGCCCUGCAAUGUCAUCAGCACAGAUCCGCAGCCCUUCCGUUAACAGCAACCCAAUGUGUAGUCCAGCCAUGCAAGCUAGCCAGGUAUGUAGUCCCAUGAAUAGACAUGAUGUUGGCCAAACAUCGUCGGAUCCUACACUGGCACAAAUGCAGGGACAUGGCCUGCAAUCUUCACACGAAGGGCAUGGUAAUAGUGGACGCUACGGCAUCGAUGCAAGAAGAGAAUCCAACUGCAGUCUUGCAAAACUUCAGCAGUUAACAAAUGGUAUAUCCUACCAAGAAUCUCAUGGAAACUUACCAGUAGCACAGUCACCUAGACCUCAGACAAACAUCACUCCACCUCACAAUCCAACCCCUCCGCCACCACUUCAGAAAAAUAUUAGCCCCCCUAUGUCGCAAUUGCCAGUAGUUCCACCUCAUGCUGCUGACAUCAACUACCAUCACCACCACCACCACCAACAGCAGCAGCAGCAGCACCAACAACAACUGCUACAGCAACAACAAGGGAUGAGACAAGUUCACCAACACCAACAACAGCAACAGCAACAGCAUCAGAUGAACAUGAUGCAAAACACAGUGACACAGAGGUACCAAUCGCAGUUAAAUCAUGAUAUGCAAAGACAACAACAGCUCUAUCAACGCAACUCGGGCCAACGAUAUCACCACCAACGAUUUAAAGGCUACGGAUCACCAUACUUCCAUUCGCAACAUCACCACAAUCCGCAGCAUGGCUCUCCAGCCCAGCAUUGCAAUUACAUGCCGCAGAACUAUAACCAUCAUGGACAUAUGAAUGGCUUUGUCACGCAACCUCUACACAAUAAUUUUGAUACAGGAACUGGAUAUAUGGAACAAUCGAUGCAAGUAAACAUGAUGUGCCCUCCUGCACAAUCACAGAUGUCUUUCAGAAAUACACCGUACGGGCCCGGUACUAUGUAUAACCAAUAUGGAAUAAUGGACUCUCGUGGUCAGACCAUCUUACGAAGGUGAAACUACCACCAGCAUUUUAAGAUAUUUAUAAUGUUCAUACCAAAUGUAUCGGAUCAAUUGAAAACAAUGAUUUCUUAUAAUUAUUUUAAUGAUAUUUAAAUUUUGACAUAAUAAAGAGGUGCGAGGUGAGAGGAUGGAUUUUGUAACUGAGACUUGAGUGAAGUAAUUAAGCUUAAUAAAUAUACUUAUAAUUAAAUCCAUCAGUGUCUAUGAGUGCUGAUGAUUCAAAAGAGUACUUGUAACUAUUCAGAAAAAAAAUAUUGACAUUGUGUUUUAGCAAAGGUUGAAAUUUUGUUUAAUUAUAUAUAGGUCAAUAAAUAUAGAAUAUAAUAGAGAGAAAGAUUGUUUUAUCCAGCUAGGAGUGUAUUUGUAUACACAGCAAUUUUAAACUACAUUCUCUGUUCGUAUUACUUGUUUUUUUUUUUUUUUUUUAAGGGCACAGUGAUUCUUAGAUUUGAGGCCAGCUUUUGAAAAUUACUUUCUGUACAUGUCACUGCCUUUGAAAUCAUUUUUUAUCUUUAUAUAAAUAAAACAAUUUAUGAAAUGUAUCUUCGAAGAUCGCAAUAUAUUUGACAAAAUUGAAGAAGUUGUUUGCUGUGGGUGAUUUUACUGGUAUUUGAUGAAUUUAAGUGUUUAUCAUCAUAGUCAUAUUAGGUCAGCAGAGAUUUAGGUAGUUGUAAUACAUUGCAAAGAUGCUGAUUAUGAUAAAUCUAAACGCAGUACAAUUAUCUACUCAAGCAUUGGUUUAGAUUUAAUUAUAUUUUAAAAGCCAGAAAAUGGCCUAUACCAAUCAUAGGUGUGUGCUAGGUAAAGGUCUGUGUCAGUUUUAUACACUGCUAUACCUUUGGAAAAAAAAAACAAACCAGAUAAUUUAUUUUAAUGAUACCAAGAAUAUGUACAUAUACACGUGGUGUAUGAAUACAAGAAUUACAGAUUGAGCUUGUUCAAUAUGUUUAUGAUUGAGUAUUGAGGUUUAACUAGAAAAUGGUGUCCAAGGUGGUGUGUAUCUGGUAAUCUUGUAUACCAGUCAAGCCUCCAUACCGUUAGUCAUAAAUUACCAGAUUUAUUUAUUUUUAUUUACUUUAUUGUUUGCCACAAAGACAUGGACAAAAUGUAUCAUUAUGUAUUAGUACUUUUUAAAAAAAAAUUGAGAAGAACCAUUGGAAAGGCUAUUUUUCCAUUUGCAGCUAAUCUUUUAAUCGCUUUAAAAUUUUAUGUAUAUUAUUCAAAAAUGAAUUGUUUUAGGAAAAUGAAGAUGUUUUCUUUGUAUUUUUGUAUAUUUAAAUAUUUUGAAAUAUCACUGAUGAUUGAGACAAGUCUAUAGAUCACUGAUAUUCAUAACGUGUAAUCCGAAACAGGAAGGUUGUAUUUUGCCUGCAUUAAAAUCUAUUUAUUAAUUUUCUGUACAAGAACUAAGUUCGGUCCCAAUGGGAAUUUAAACAAAAAUAUUUUCAGUAGCACCUUGCUUGAAACUUAAUAUUGUCCAAGAAAUAUUGUCAGGACACAAAAAAUAUCACUUGAUAAUAAUUUGGGGAUUUUAAUUUGGUAAAAGGGAUGUUUAGGUUGCAUGUAAUUUUGGUUAUAAUUUUGUUUUCCACUUUUGUGCUUUACUUAAAAUAAUUUGGUCAUCAUUUUUUUUAUUACCUGUUUUACAAGAAUAUUAUUUUCAGACUGAAAGAUAUAGUUGUUUAUAAUAAAAGAAAGGUUUUGUAAAUUCAGGGUAGGUUUUUAUGUACAUACAAGUUGUGAAAAUUGUUUUACAUUUUGCCAGUAGUGAUCACUUAACCUUACCUUUCUAUCUGCUAAAUUAUUUAUAUCCAUGUUAUAACGGCUAUAAAGUUAUCUAUUGAAUGUAUAUUAAGAUUCAAGUUUGUCACCAGUGGGUUUUUUUUUUCAGGUUUUUUUUUCAGUUUAAAGGAAUUUAAACUUAUUCAGUACAUGUUAACUUUGGCAUAAGGUUCAGGGGUAGGCUACACAGAUUCUGUAUUGUGUACAUAGAGGGAAUUCUGUAAUAGUAGUUCCAGGCUUGUUGUUCAUACUACAAAUACUGUAUUUACUUUUGUAAUGCUGCAGACCCCUGUGGCACUGUAAUGAGUUGUCUCUAGUCUGUGCAUUUGCAUGAAAAAUGUAACCCAUGUAAAUGUAGAUAUAUUUUCACUGUGUACAGUUACCCAAUAAAUCUACUUUUGAAUAAGUGUAUUGACA